AUGGUGGAACAUUCAGUCGGUUGUGCUCGGUUGGCGGCGGUUCGAUGUCGACCGGUAACGUCGGGUUCUUGACCACUUUCUAACCUACGAGUUUGUUUACGUUCGUUGUUGGUAAUCGGUAGAAACUUUUGCGGCGUUUCCGGGUUAAAUUAAGAUGAUUUUUGAUGUCGAAAGAGGGUGAGACGGUGGUCUAUUCGAUAGACCACUCCAAAAUGAACCUGAAACAUAGGAAAGUGUUGCAGACGUUGUCUUGUGCCGUAUUGUUGGCGUAUACGAGUCUUCUUGUUUACCAAAGUUUUUCGAGGAGCGGUCGCGGCCUCAGUCAAAUUUCUAAAAAAGACAACCAAAUCCUGAAAAAGUACAACUACGAAAGAAACUUGGCGCAAGAGCAGUCGCUCAACGAAUUAGAAGGGAGCUAUUCGUCCACUGAAAUCUCCUCCGCCACUGCGACGGCAAAACCACCGACUACGACGCUGGAUGACGUUUUUAUCAGCGUAAAAACAACCCGUAAUUAUCACGGCAGUCGGUUGCCCAUUAUUUUGAAGACCUGGUUCCAGCUGGCCAAGAAACAGACGUGGUUCUUUACCGACACGGAAGACCAGGAUUUUCAACAGAAAACAAACGGUCACAUGAUUAAUACCAACUGCUCAUCUUCUCACAACAGAAAAGCGCUUUGCUGCAAGAUGUCCGUGGAGUUCGACACUUUUCUAAGCACCGACAAAAAAUGGUUUUGCCACUUCGAUGACGAUAAUUAUGUGAACGUUCCCCGACUGGUGCGUUUCCUGGGAGAUUACAACCCCAGAGAAGAUUGGUAUCUAGGGAAGCCGAGCAUACAGGCGCCUCUGGAAAUUGUCAGUAAAGACAAGAAAUCGCAAAAAGUCAGAUUUUGGUUUGCAACGGGCGGAGCAGGAUUCUGCCUUAGUCGUGCGUUAGCUUUGAAGAUGAUGCCCGUAGCGAGCGAUGGAAAGUUCAUUAGUACCGGCGAGAAAAUUCGACUACCAGAUGACGUCACAAUGGGCUACAUUAUAGAACAUCUACUCAAGAAGCCCCUCACCGUAGUAGAUCAAUUUCACUCACACUUAGAACCAAUGAAAUUUAUCCGAAGGGACAUGAUCGAAGAUCAGAUUUCGUUCAGCUACGCCAAAAUAAAGGACGAAUGGAACGUUGUUAGAAUCGAAGGAUUCGACGAGAAGUAUGACCAAAACAGGUUUUUGUCCUUGCAUUGUUUCCUAUUUCCACAGUUCAACUUCUGCCCGACCAGGAGAAAAAGAUGAAGUUCUGCCGAAGCGACCCUUUGGAUUACGGAGGAAAAUUGACAAUAAUAAAACAUGUGAAUUUCGGGUAUGGUUCUGGCAUUAUGUUUAGGAGCUCUGAGUUUACGACUACGUCAAAUUAUUGGGACGGUUUGUGGAAUUCAUAGUUUUAGCUUUUAGCUGACAUAAACAUAACAGACCAUAUUUUUUAAUCUGACUACUCAUUCGACUACUUUGACAAAAUAAAUUUAAAAAUGAUGAAUUUUCAAUUAAGGAAAAUUAAAAAUUUUGUUUUUCAUUUUUUGCCUCAAAUUUUUGGUAAUAUGUAAUGCAUUUAAAACAGUAUUUAACUUCUAAUAAGAGUAUCACAUAUUACGUUUCUCUAACAAAAAUAUUCUUUAAUUAGUUGAUUGCUAGCUUUAACUUGUUAAACCAGUUUUUUGGUUUAUAGGCGGGGAGUUGUCUUCUUUUUCUUUUAGCUAAGGCUCGAAGAAUAGUUGAAUGCGGACUCCUAGUCAUAAUGCCUUUACUUUAAACAUAGUUGGUACAACUGAAAGAUAACAAUCAUUAAUAGACUUCAGAAUCGUGCAAUUACUGUCAUUACACCAUGGUAAUUAACUCAAUUUCGCAUGAAGCAGAACGUCUAAUUAUACAGAUUCUAAAAAACAAUGACUUACAGUUCUAUAUGAGACUCUUUUGCAGAAACCCUUACUCUAUAAUCAUUGGUAUUUCGGAUACAUAAUUAUUUAGUCGGUUGGAAGAAUAGUAAUUGUUGUUGUCUUCGCUGUUUGGCCACUGAAAAUCUGUGAUUUGUAUUAGUAGGUCUGGUAUACCAUUUAAUUACGUAAGUUAAGAAUUGUUAGGUUAGGAACUAGUCUGGAAUUGUUUUUGUAGAGCGGUUAAAUUUUUGAAAGCUAGAUGGAUCUCCUCUUCAUUUUCGUAUGUAACAAAAAUGUCCCAAAUUGUUUAAUAUUUAUUUAUUUUUUAAUUUUUCUUUUAGUUUUAAUAUUAUUUCAACCAAGAAUAAGAAAGACAUAUGAUUUGUUUUAAGUUGUAGAAUAUCAUUUUUAACAUUAUUUGUUACAAAGUGACUUUGAUUUAUCAUUUUGUGAUACACUUCGCUACAAAAGAUACUGUAUAUAAAAACGCAUUAGCAAUAAUUUAUCAACAUUAAGGUGCAAUGUUUAUAUAGAAAUCUCUAUCACAAUUAUUUGCUCAAACAUUGUAAAGUUUGGUAGUAAUUUUGUACAGCACUGUAUAGGAAUAAAUAAAUAAAUAGUUUUCUCAUUUAAAAUGUUUAAAAGGUUUAAAGUUGUUUUAUUAUUUUUGUAUGUUGACAAUUAUUGUAAAUUAUAAUUAAAACGUUAUGGU